ACAGGUGUUACUAAAUCUUGAAGAAGUCUCACCCAAACUUAUAAUUUGCAUUAAUUAUAUAUCUUUCCAUUAUAACCUUUCUUAAUUCUUAGCUAACCACAUUUAGUGUCAACAAUUUACUAUUUGUCAGGCCUCCACACCUAUAAUUACCCAGGUCAUCUUAUAUAAAUCCUAGGAAAACACUUUUUUUUUUUUUGAGACACACAUUGUCUGUGAAUAUCACUAUAAUACAAUGACUUCUUGUUGGCAAACUUUAGUGAAAAAUUGUCCUUUUUGAUCGGUAAGUGGGGAUUAGUAAUCUCUACUGAAGUUGUUACAUUGGCAGUUGUGUGUAUUAUUAUACAGUUGAUUUUUCUGUAAUGUUUUUGUCUCUCUUAAAAAAAAAAAAACAACAACCAACAUAUUUGUCACAGAUGAUGUACAUGUCUUCUUAAAGGUCAUUCUCCCAACCACUGUUAAGGCUAUCCUAGGCAUUCAUGUUUCUUUUUUUCGUGUAUUUAUUUUUAUCGCUUAAGAAAUGCUAACUCCCUGUUCACUGUUACUCAGUUUAUGUUUAAGUGUGUUAGUAUCUUUAGGCUUUACCUAGUCUAAGAAAAGGUAUGACCUAUGCUAUAAAUUGACCUUGUAAAACAGAAUUGCAGCUGUUAAACUGUAUGCAUUUUUUAAGCUAACUUGCUUACCAGAAGUACGUGUUUUACCACAGCUGUUUCCAAGGUAGCUAUCAGCCAGAUUCAAUUCCUAAUAAUAGAACAGAUUCCUCUUGUUUAAAUGCAGGUUUGAAUGAUCUUUUAUUUAUGUUUGUGAGACACAUGUUUAUAUUUUGAAAAAAAUUCUGACUAAUGCAAGUUAUACUUUCAUACUAGAAAAGAACAAACAGGCAGAAAUUAGAAGAAAAGACUUACUCUGUUCCAGUGCUGCCUUCUUUUGUAUGAUCUGUAAGAAGGAGUAUAGAGCAAAAGACCUGUUAUCCUGUUACAGAUCUCCACCUAGCAAAGCUUUUAAUACCGUCUCAGGAAAUUCUCACAGGGAAGCUAGGGUGACAUAAUUUACACUGCUGGUUAGAGGAUGCAAGCUUGUACUUGGCCUUUUAAUGCCUCAGAACGUAAAGGAAACUCCUAUGCUGUUGUAGACUGUGAUCAAGCAAGAAAGGAAGUUAGUGUCCGCACUGGAGGAGUGACAGAUAAGACGUCAAGAAAGACUUACACGUUUGAUAUGGUUUUUGGAGCUCAAGCAAAGCAGAUUGAUGUAUACCGGAGUGUUGUGUGUCCCAUUUUGGAUGAAGUCAUUAUGGGCUACAACUGUACAGUGUUUGCUUAUGGCCAAACUGGUACUGGUAAGACCUUCACAAUGGAAGGGGAGCGGUCACCAAAUGAGGAAUAUACUUGGGAAGAGGAUCCACUAGCAGGUAUCAUACCCCGUACGUUGCAUCAGAUAUUUGAAAAACUCACAGAGAAUGGUACUGAAUUUUCAGUGAAGGUGUCUCUUUUGGAAAUCUAUAAUGAGGAGCUUUUUGAUCUUCUGAAUCCUACUCCUGAUGUUGGUGAAAGAUUGCAGAUGUUUGAUGACCCUCGAAACAAGAGGGGUGUAAUUAUUAAAGGCUUGGAAGAAAUAACUGUACACAACAAAAAUGAAGUCUACCAAAUCCUGGAAAGGGGUGCUGCCAAAAGAACAACUGCAGCUACUUACAUGAAUGCAUAUUCCAGCCGUUCCCACUCUGUGUUUUCAAUUACCAUCCAUAUGAAAGAAACAACAGUAGAUGGAGAAGAACUUGUCAAAAUUGGGAAGCUAAACUUGGUUGAUCUUGCAGGAAGUGAAAACAUUGGUCGAUCUGGGGCAGUUGACAAAAGAGCUCGUGAAGCUGGAAAUAUCAACCAGUCUCUCCUGACACUAGGAAGAGUUAUUACUGCUCUAGUAGAAAGAGCACCACAUAUUCCAUACAGGGAAUCUAAACUCACAAGAAUCCUUCAAGACUCUCUUGGAGGACGAACAAAAACAUCAAUAAUUGCCACCGUUUCUCCUGCAUCUAUAAAUCUUGAGGAAACAUUGAGUACACUGGAAUAUGCUCACAGAGCAAAGAACAUAAUGAACAAGCCUGAAAUUAAUCAGAAGCUAACAAAAAAAGCUCUUAUAAAGGAAUAUACGGAAGAGAUUGAGCGUCUGAAGAGAGACCUUGCUGCUGCACGGGAAAAAAAUGGAGUCUAUAUUUCCCUUGAAAAUUAUGAGGCCCUCAAUGGAAAGCUGACAGUUCAGGAAGAACAAAUCGCAGAGUAUAUUGAUAAAAUUGGCGUCAUGGAGGAAGAAAUGAAAAGAAUCACUGAACUAUUCACAGUUAAUAAAAAUGAACUUGAACAGUAUAAAAUAGAUCUGCAAAUCAAGGAGAAAGAACUGGAAGAAACACAGAAAGAUCUGCAAGAAACCAAGGUGCAUCUGGCUGAAGAAGAAUAUGUGGUUUCAGUUUUGGAAAACACUGAACAAAAACUUCAUGGCACAGCUAGCAAGUUACUUAGUACAGUUGAAGAAACUACAAAAGAUGUAUCUGGUCUCCAUGCAAAACUGGACCGUAAGAAGGCUGUAGAUCAACACAAUGCUAUCAUCCAAAAUACAUUUUCAGGACAAAUGAAUGCUUUGUUCAAUAAAAUACAAGAUUCGGUUAGUGAAAACAGUUUGAAACAGCAGCAGAUGUUGGCAUCUUACACAAAUUUUAUUGGUGACCUCCUGUCUACCAGUUCUUCAGCAGCAAAUAUUCUUGCAUCAGUUGUAUCAGCAUCUUUUGCCUCUGUCAAAGAAUUGGUGUCUACUGAAGUUUCUCACGUGUCUGAAAAAAUAACACAACAUGAGAAUCUGUCACUUGACUGUAAAGCUGAGCUGCUGAGAUUAAUUGAGGAACAUACAUCUGGAUUAGGAAAAGCAUUAAAUAGCUUGACACCAAUGGUGGAAUUUGUUUUGGGGCUAAACUGUCAGUUUCAGAGUAACAUGAAGAAAUACUCUGCUGUAGCUGACAAGAUGGAGGAUCAUAAGAAGGAAGUGGAUACUUUCUUCAGAGAUCUUUCUCUCACUCUGAAAAAAUUACGGGAAGAAACAGCCAGUGGUUUUGCUCAGCUUCAGAAUGAUUGUGAGAAUUUAAAAGAACAAGUGGAAAUGACAAGAUUGGCACAUACAAAGAGCGCAACUGAAUUAAUUUCGUCACUGCAAAGCCAGCUUGACAUGUUUGCUCAGGAGACUCAGAAGAACUUAACUAAUGUACUCGCAAAAAACGGAAUCUUGACGUCUGCCAUCACUGCUGUGCAAGAAAAUGUUCACCUGAAAACUACAGACAUAGUCAGCAGUACAAUUUCCAAUCACAGCAAAUUUAUUGCAUCUCUGGAUAAUUUCUCUCAAGAGCUCAGUAUCAUAAAUGCUGAAAACAAGAUGAUGCUGGAAGAAUCCACUGAUCACUGUCAACAACUUCGCAGCAAUCUCAAAAAUGUGUCUCAGGAUACUGAUAAAUGGGGUGAAUUUACAACUGCUCAGAUAAUCAACUUCACCAAUCAGCAGCUAUUGUCUCUCAGUGAUGAGAAACAGCAACUUCAGUAUUUACAAAAGAAAAGUGAAGAAAACUGUGAUAAAGCAAUAGCUGAAAUUGCUGACCAUAUUUGUAGACAAAAGGCUGCUGAGGAGAAGGUACUAAAUAGCCUUCUUGAUCAGAUAAAGGUUGAUCAGGAGAGACUUCUGGAGCAGAAGCUGGCACUUAAUGAGGAAGCACAGCAUGGACUGACUCAAGUUAAUGGUUUCCUGCAAGAGGAUCUUAAAGUGGAUAUUCCAACAGGGACAACUCCUCAGAGGAGAGACUACUUCUAUCCAGUCACACUUGUGAGAACAGAACCCCGGGAACUUCUGCUGGAGCAAUUAAGGCAAAAGCAACCAAAGCUUGAUGCUAUGCUAAGCAGUGUGAUAAAGGAAGUGGAGGACAAUGCAGAUCAGGAUCUGUUGGAAGAGGAAGAGUUACACAAAUCCACUGAAAGCCUUGCUAGUGAUAAAUCCUUAGUGGAUACGGACAUAUGCUGUCAUGCAAAUGGUGGUGUUCCCUUUUUUCAGCACAAAAGGAAUCACAAAAAGGAUAAAGAGAACAAAUCUGCAGCUACAGUGGAGAAGAACAAGAUAGAGGAUAUGACAGAACAGUUUCUUCCCAAAUCUAAGCUUCCUUUAAGAUCACUGAACUAAGAUAUUUCUCCUGCAGAUCCCUGUUUUGAAAUACUUAUGUCUAAUUGUCUACUGAGCCAUAACUUCAGUUAUUCUAGGCCUCUGUAUAUAGUGAUAUAUUGAUGCAAAAUUGGAUCAAAAGACUGGCCUAUCACAUGUCCUGCCUUUAGUCCCAUUUUUAUAUGCUGUAGCUUGCAAACUAUUAACAAAUUUUAUGUAAAAAACAAACAAAAAAACAAAACA